AUGUUUAAGCAAUUAAAAAUUCUGAUAGUCUACCAUUCUAUAUCGACGUUGAUUUUUGACGACUGGAAGGCAGUAACAGCGCGACCUCCUGCCUUGAUCGGCAAACUGGACGUGUAUGGACCACUACAGGAGCACAUCGAGCAGCUACGGAUAUGUUUGAUGAAAAUAAAUCAGUUAUGCUCCUUCGCAAAGAGUGAGGAAAAUCUAUCCUUCGAAGGGUUGAGUGCAGUGGAUCCGAAGAUAAAGGCACUUCCAGAAGUAGCUCUAUUAGACUAUUUACUGCAGUCUCCGCACGUGCUCGAUCUUCGUCAGGUUGUUCAUUUGCACAGGCGCGUGGACGACUACAUAUUUUACUUCGAGUGUGUCUGGCCUCUCCCUACACAUUACACGCCUCGACUUCUUUAUAAAUUGAAAAUCGACGAUUCUUUCGUGGAACCACUGCCUAUAAUGCCGUGGGAACUUGUUAAGAAAGAGAAAGAAGGGGAUGAGGAAGAAGGAGAUGAACAACAAAGUGCAAGUUCGUCGAGUGAUUAA